GCUGAGUAUCGUGCACAACUGGGUUGAACAGGUCUCGGUUAAUCUAGGUCAAGGUGAUAAUGAGGCUGUGUCUUCGCAGUGGCCUAUAAAUUGAUGUUCUAAUGGUAUCAUAUCAGUCAACCCAACACCGACGUCUUGACAACACAGGUAGCCUAGACUAAGCUUGACCAUGGAAGAAAAGGUUGAACUCAGCGAGCUGGAGAGACCCUUGAAGGGCAACAAGAAGCCAGCGAGACCUCCCAACACGUUCGAAAAAAUGAUUCAGCCGUGCCUCGCCGAAGUAAUUGGAACCACUUUCUUUGUUUUCAUCGGAUGCGUCUCCGUGAUCGAGAACGUGCCGGCCGCGGGAAGGGUGCAACCGGCGCUUGUGCACGGCUUAGCGGUGGCAGUUAUGGUGGCAUGCAUGGAUAAUAUCAGUGGGUCUCACUUCAACCCCCCCUUCACCAUGGCCAUUUACUUGUGUGGAGGCAUGCAACUUACAAUGGUGAUUCCAUACUUGGUCAGUCAGCUGAUUGGAGGGCUCAUUGGGGCUGGAAUGUCCAAGAUGAUGACUUCUCCUGAGAACUAUUUGAAUGCAACUGGAGCAGCAUUUGACAUCCUCAAAUCAGAUGACCAGCUGAAGGGGGCUCUGUGCGGGGAGAUUUUUAUGACUUGCCUGGUCACCAUGGUGGUCUUGCUUGCUGCUGUCAACGAGAAGAGCAAAAGCCCCUUGGCCCCAUUUUUGGUGGGCUGCACGGUCAUCAUCAACAUUUUGGCAGGUGGGGACGUCUCCGGGACCUGCCUGAACCCAGCCAGAGCCUUUGGGCCUGCCGUGAUGGCUGGCUACUGGAGCUACCACUGGGUAUACUGGGUUGGGCCAUUAACGGGUGGCCUACUGGCAGCAGGCUUAGUCAGGGUUGUCCUUGGUGACGAGAAGAUACGGCUUAUAAUGAAAUAACACACAUGAGAAUAAAGAUGCAUUUUGUACAGAGA